UCAUUACCCUCUUGUGUAUUUAGUCCUUUGUCUGUGGUUGGUUUGUCUGAGUUUCCUACCUCUGUUUUAUUAGGUUCCAAGUUUCAUGCAGUGUUUUGUUUAUUUGUUUUAUUUUUGUUUUUCCAGUAUAGAUUUUGUUUGUUCUAUUCUAGUUGUUCUUUGCUUUUUGUUUGGGCCUUUUUUUCAGCCAAAUAAAAGGCUCGCUUUUUGUUAACAUCCAUGUCAGCUCCAUGUCUGCUUUUGGGUCCGCGUUCACCUCACUCCCUGUCAUCUGCCUCUGCAGACAUGACACUUAUUCCACAUAUGUUCAACGUUAAAACAAUGGCUGAUCUCUCUGUGAAAGAUUUGUCUCCAAAAGUGAGAUUGACUAAUUACUCAGACCUGCAGUAAAAUGAGAAGCUGAUGAGAUGGAGGAUCAAGAUAUUGCAGCGGCAGAGCAAAACAAUGACAGCACAGGAGGAGAGUCUGAAAACACGUCUGAAACUCCUCCCAUCAAUGAGAGAGUGGCUCCUGAUCUCACACUUGUACUGAUUGGUGACCCAGCUUCCACUGAGAUCGGACCAAAGAACAUUUUCCUUGACCAUGACGAGCAAACAAAUGUGGAACAGUUUUCAUCCAAUCUGUAUAAUCUGUGUGGUCGACACGUCUGUGUCAUUAACAUGCUGGGUCUACAAACAAAGGAAAUCCCUUUAAAUCAGGGAGUUCAUGCCUUUGUCUUACUAUUACCCAACACUCUGCAUAGCAGCCAGUACAGCUCAGGAGUGGAGUGGUUAGAGAAAGUUUUUGGCAGAGGAGCACUUUCUUAUUUAAUCACAGUGGUGACUCAUGAACCAGGUGAAACAUGUGAAAGUGCAUUAAAAGAGCUGAAAACUAACACAGAGUUCAAUGAAAAAAGGUUCCACACAUGUAACAGAAGUAUGAUGGAUGAAAAUCAGGUAGCAAAUUUGUUAGAAAAAAUAAACAUCAUGGUCUCUGAAAAUGAUCCACAAAGCUACACUGGACUGGUGUGUGCUGAAAACAGACAACAGGAAGGACACCUGGAGGACAAAUCCCACGAAGAAGAAAGGAAAGACUCAGAUUUAAAGACAAAUAAAAGAGGAACCAAAGAUGAAGACGUGAGUGUAAAUGGAAAGAAGGAGUCACUGAAGGUUUCUGAAGUCAAAAAGAAGUCAUGUCAGAGACAAACUGAGAUGCUUUUUGGAAGACUUCGCCUUCAAGAUCAACUUCAAUAUACAUUUCCACCAGGAGAGUUUCUUCAAAUAUGUCCACCUGUGAAACAGCAUCAUGUCACAUCUGAGAAAGAUUUAGCUCACACUUUUCUUCACAGACUGGUGAUUCACAACGGAGAUCGAGUGUCCUCUGUGGACUUUCAGAAAAAUAACAAAAACCUGGAAGUGUCUAAAUCUCAGCUGAUGAACACUUUGAUCAACGACCGUCACAACACCUUCUUCCAUAGAAACUGUCCAGGAAGCACCAAGUCUCAAUAUCUGAUGGAUGGUGUGGCAGAGAUCGCCUGCGCGACAUACUGA